AAAUGCAAACAUCCUGCCAUCGCAGCAGCUCUGAACGCACUGCACCGCACUGCACUGCAGCGAGAGCAGGGCUCACCUCCCAAGAGGAAAGGUUUUUACCGACCAGUGGAUGAUGCGUAAACCUACAGCCCUGUCACUGUGGCUGACUGCUGGGACCUUAGUCAGUUUGGCUGCAGCGCAAGCUGCAGUUCAAGUCACUGACAGCGGAGGAGCUUUGCGGAGGUUCUCAGAGCGGCCGGGGGGGGAGUACGCUUUCAUCCGGCCGCUCCGGACCGACUCCCGGGGCCACUUCGUGUCUCAUCUGGUGUCCGGCUCAGGCGGGAGGAGGAGGCGGGAGAGCAGCGGGGAGCAGGAGCCCCCCUCCAGCACUCUCUACUUCAACAUCAGCGCUUUCGGCAGGAACCUGCACCUGAGCGUGCGGCCCAACCAGCGGCUGGUGGCACCGGGAGCCACGCUCGAGUGGCCCCGAGAUGGGCAGAGCCAGGAGGAGGCAAGCAGCUACCGGGAGCCCAUCCGCAGGGGCUGUGUCUACACCGGGGGCAUCACUCAUAUCCCAUCAGCGACUGUCGCCAUCAACAACUGCGACGGACUGGCUGGCCUUAUCCGCACAGAUCAAGACGAAUAUUUUAUCGAGCCUUUAGAAAAGGGCAAACAAGAGGAGGAAAAGGAAAGAGGUCGAGUUCACAUAGUUUAUCGCAGGUCAACUUUGCAGCGCUCAAUUCCUGAAGCAGUUCAUGACUUCCAUCAUACAGGGUUUGAUUUUGGUGGAGCUGGCAACCUGGGCGACAUGUACACGCACAUUGACAAACAGCUGAACGAAACUCAAAGGCGACGCAGGCAUGCAAAGGAAGAGGACUAUAACAUCGAGGUGCUUUUGGGAGUAGAUGAUUCUGUGGUGCGGUUCCAUGGCAAAGAACAUGUCCAGAACUACCUCUUGACCCUCAUGAAUAUAGUUAAUGAGAUUUACCAUGAUAAAUCAUUAGGGGCCCAUGUAAAUGUUGUUCUGGUGCGUAUGAUCAUGCUGGGAUAUGCAAAGUCCAUUAGCUUGAUUGAAAGAGGAAAUCCAUCCAAAAGUUUGGAGAAUGUCUGCCGCUGGGCGCACUUUCAGCAAAAAUCGGAUGCUGAACACUCAGAGCACCAUGACCAUGCCAUCUUUUUAACAAGACAAGAUUUCGGACCUGCGGGUAUGCAAGGAUAUGCUCCAGUGACCGGGAUGUGUCACUCAGUUCGCAGUUGUACGCUGAACCACGAGGAUGGCUUCUCAUCAGCCUUUGUGGUUGCUCAUGAAACGGGCCAUGUGCUCGGCAUGGAACACGAUGGUCAAGGCAAUCACUGCGGGGAUGAAACCAGCAUGGGCAGUGUCAUGGCACCAUUGGUCCAAGCUGCAUUUCACAGAUUUCAUUGGUCUCGGUGCAGUGGGCAGGAGCUCAAAAGAUAUCUUCACUCAUACGACUGUCUCUUGGAUGAUCCAUUUGAACAUAACUGGCCCAACCUUCCAGACCUCCCAGGAAUAAACUAUUCAAUGGAUGAACAGUGUCGCUUUGACUUUGGUGUGGGCUACAAGAUGUGCACAGCUUUCAGCACUUUCGAUCCAUGCAAACAAUUAUGGUGCAGUCAUCCUGACAACCCCUAUUUCUGUAAGACAAAGAAAGGUCCUCCCCUGGAUGGAACUGAGUGUGACCCUGGAAAGUGGUGUUACCAGGGUCACUGUUUGUGGGCGACGUCGAAAGCUUUGAGGCAGGACGGCAGCUGGAGCCCCUGGAGCAAGUUUGGGACCUGUUCUCGAACCUGUGGCACUGGAGUUCGCUUUAGAUCCCGGCAGUGCAAUAAACCAGCACCUGCAAACGGUGGUCAGGAUUGCCCCGGUGUAAAUUAUGACUAUCAACUAUGUAACACAGACGAUUGUCAACGGCAUUUUGAGGAUUUCCGAGCACAACAGUGUCAGCAACGUAAUUCGUACUUUGAGUAUAAGGACAUGAAGCACCACUGGCUUCCAUAUGAACAUCCAGAUUCAAGAAAACGAUGCCACCUUUACUGUCAAUCUAAAGAAAUGGGAACAGUGGUCUACAUGAAACAAUUGGUCCAUGAUGGUACUCACUGUUCCUAUAAAGACUCGUACAGCAUCUGCGUGAGAGGUGAAUGUGUGAAAGUGGGUUGUGACAAAACAAUUGGUUCAAACAAAGCAGAUGACAAAUGUGGAAUAUGUGCUGGAGAUAACUCUCAUUGCAGAACAGUGAAAAGAACAUUUACUAGGACACCAAAGAAACCUGGCUAUAUAAAGAUGUUUGAUAUCCCACCUGGUGCUAGAUAUGUCUUCAUCCAAGAAGAUGAGGUUUCACCUCACAUUCUUGCUAUCAAAAAUCAGGCAACAGGCCAUUACAUCCUAAAUGGCAAGGGGGAGGAACCCAAGACAAAGGUUUUCAUUGACCUGGGUGUGGAAUGGAAAUACACCAUGGAAAGUGACCUAGAAACUCUUCAAACAGAUGGUCCUUUGCAUGAAACUGUUGUAGUUCUGAUUAUCCCUCAGGAUAAUAGCACUGACUCUAAACUAACCUACAAGUAUAUUAUUCAUGAGGACUCCUUACCAAUCAUCAACAAUAAUAAUAUACUUCAAGAAGAAACAAAUGUAUUUGAGUGGGCUUUGAAGAACUGGUCUACGUGCUCCAAAUCUUGUGGAGGAGGUUUUCAGUACACAAAGUAUGGCUGCCGCAGGAAGAGCGCCAAUAAAAUGGUCCAUCGAACCUUCUGUGAUGCAAACAAGAAACCGAAGCCCAUUCAUCGGAAGUGUAGCCUGCAGGAGUGCACGCUGCCUCAUUGGAUAGCAGAAGAAUGGGAACACUGCACAAAAUCCUGUGGAAACUCUGGGUACCAGAUCCGUACUGUUCGCUGUGUCCAGUUGCUCCACGACGGCACAAACCGCUCUGUCAACAGUAAAUAUUGCAGUGGAGACCGUCCAGAGAACCGACUGUCAUGUAACAGAAAGCCCUGCCCAUCAAAAUGGAGAACAGGACCUUGGUCAGAGUGCUCAGUUACGUGCGGUGAAGGAAUUGAAAAAAGACAAAUUGUAUGUCGUGCAAACAACCUGUGUGAUGGAAAGAAACAAGAAGCCGUGAGAGUCUGCAGGCUUCCCCCUUGUAAAGGUGAGCCAUGUCUGCGAGACAAGUCCAUAUUUUGUCAGAUGGAAGUGCUUGCACGAUAUUGCUCUAUCCCGGGUUACAAAAAACUCUGCUGUGAAUCUUGUAGGGAGCACAGUAGCACGGUGCCUCCUCCUUUCAUUAAUGGACCUGAGAUGCUUGAAGCGAGCCAUGUACCAGGAGCUAAUGUGUCACCUACUCACCAGCCCAACUCCACCACAAAGGACAAAGGCCACGCAGACAAGAAGACCAAAUCCACAGCAGGAAUUCUUACACGGGACAAAAGAAAACCCGUUCAUCCUUCCCGGAUAAAAGAUAAUACGGCAGACAGCUAGCUUUUAACAUUGUUGGCUUCACAAGCUUCAGCUCCAUCAAGGCACUGCUCGGUCAUCGGAAAUCUUCCUUCUGGCAAGAACGACAGUUCAACAGUACUCUUUAUUCAGACGGCGCUACUACGUCAAGUCAAGACAGAUAGCUUCAAGAUAUUCUGUGGUCGAAACAUCAAGGAAAGAUGUUGCCAUCAGACGUUUUUAAAGGAAUGACUAUCUGAAAGGAUUGUGGACGGUGUGUCGCACACAACAUUUUGAAAAAGAACCCUCACAAUUUCAAUUGAAUUCCUAAAUUAUCAGCAGUUCCCCUAUUAACAAAGUUCUAAGUGCUGGUGCACUUUCCUAUUUUGGUUCUUGUCAGUUGAUGGGCAUAAUUCUGUUUUUACUGGGCCUCUAGAAUACAGGCACUAAAGUUGUUUACGGCGGGGCAUGUAGCUGGACACGUUGGGUUGAUAUGUCAACCAUUAACCAUAAGAUGUAGGAGCAGGAGUAGGCCAUUCGGCCCCU